UGGCUAAAGAGUCCGAGCCGAGAAGUGAGCGCCAUGCGGGGGAUUCUGCGAACAGGCUGCGGGACGGAACCGGACGCGGGUCGGACCGCUUGAAGCAACAUGAGUCUGUUGCCUCGGACCGCGGAGGAGUUCAGCUCCGCGGAGUACUGGGAGAAGUUCUUCAAGAAGCGCGGGGAGAAGGCCUUCGAGUGGUACGGAGACUACCACAAGCUGUGCGGCGUGCUGCACAAGUACAUCAAGGUCCAGGACAAGGUGCUGGUGGUCGGCUGUGGAAGCUCCGAGCUGAGCGAGCAGAUGUACGACGUGGGCUACAAACAUCUCACUAACAUUGACAUCAGCGAGACGGUGGUGACCCACAUGAACCAGAGGAACGCCGAGCGCCGGCCGGGCCUCACCUUCCAGCAGGUGGACGCCACUCGGACCCCCUACGAGGAGGCCAGCUACCAGGUGGCUCUGGACAAGGGCACGCUGGAUGCCAUGGCCUCGGAGGAAGGGGGGGCUCUGGCCCGGGGCAUGCUCGCCGAGGUGGGCCGCGUGCUGCGGGUCGCCGGGCGCUACGUCUGCGUGACGCUGGCCCAGGAGAGCGUGAUCCGGCUGGCCGUGGAGCUCUUCGUGCAGCUGGGCUGGGCCGUGAGGCUCCACUGCCUGCAGGGCGCCGCGGAGGAGGACUCCUUCGCCCUGCCCGUCUUCGUGCUGGUCUGCACCAAGUUUCGCCAGCCGAUGGCCACGCCCCUUCUGGAGAUGUGUCUCGGGGAGGACGGGGCGCCGACCCGCCUCGCGCAGGUAGCCGAGCUGCUGUCGGCCGUACGCGAGCAUCAGGCCUACUCGGUGCUGAGGAAGAGGCUCCGCACCAGCACGGACGCCGGCUCCUCCCCCUCGCUCACCCUCUGCCACGCCCACACCGGCCUCCCCAGAUACACGCUCACGGUGCAGGACUGCCCCCCCGGGGCCAAGGUGCCUCGAUCCAACCACUUCGCCAUCUUCAUCGUGCCUCAGGGCAGUGACACGGCGUGGCUCUACAGCGCCGCCGAGGGCCGCCGCCAGCUGGCCGCCAGCGCCAACUUCCGCCGCCUCGUUGUUGCGGCGAUGCACAGGAACCAGGAGUACGAGGACAUGCAGGCGGUGCAGGCGGAGCUCUCGCCGAUGGUGAUGGACCUGGCUCCACCGGGCAUGCCAGCCAACCAGCAGGUGCCCUUCCUGUCGGUGGGGGGCGACCUGGGCUGGCGGGAGGAGGUCAGCCGGGGGGUGAGCGAGCUCAGCGGGGAGUUCUGCGUGGAGAACGUCCGAGGAGAAGACGGGGCGCUCUACCGGAGACUCGUCUUCCUCUCCAACGCUGCUCUCGUCCAAUCAGAGAGCCGCCUGGUCUCCUCCAAUAGCGCAGCAUCGAGUCACAAGAAGAAAAACAAGAAGAAGGUGAAGCCAGCAGCGGCUCCAUCAGCCUCCUCCACCUGCCUGUCGGUGGACAGCGGCUUCCUCUGCUGCGCCCACCACGAGGUCAUGGUGGCGGGCCUCGCCAUGCUGGGGGUGGGCACACCGGAGGCCAAAGGCGCCCCGCUGUCGGUGCUGCUGGUGGGGCUGGGUGGAGGAGGCCUGCCUCAGUUCCUGCGGGACUUCGUGCCCGAGGUCACGGUGGAGGUCGUGGAGCUGGACCCCGUCGUCCUGCAGGUGGCGAAGGACUGGUUCGGGUUCAGACCGGACGAGCGUCUGACCGUGACCCUCGGAGACGGCCUGGAGCGCAUCUGUGCCCUGGAGGAGAAAGGCGGCCGUCUGUUCGACGCGGUCAUGUUCGAUGUCGACAACAAGGACAGCUCUGUGGGGAUGAGCUGUCCUCCUGCUGCCUUCGUGGAAGCCUCCAUCCUGCAGAAGGUCUCCAGACUGCUGAGCUCCAGAGGUGUGUUCAUACUCAACCUCGUGUGCCGUGACUCGUCUCUGCGGACGAGCGUGCGUGAGCGUGUGAGCGCCACCUUCCCCACCGUCCUCUCCCGAAAGGUCGAGGGCGAGGUCAACGAGGUCCUGCUGUGCUCCCGCGGAGCGAGCGACACGUCGGACGCCGCCCGCUUCCUGCGCUCGCUGCGGCAGGCAGGCGGCGGUCUGCAGGGCGCGCUGGUGUCAGGCAGCAGGUCUGAGACCAGCAGGCGCCCCCACAUCGACAUCGCGGAGCUGCUGAAGGACCUGAAGGUGGAGACGAGUUAGAGGAGACGCCAAGAGACAUGGACGUAUCACAGGGUUCCUAUAACGUGUAAUAUGAGUGUUAUUAUUAUCUUAUGUGAACACACAGAAAGGACAUUUGAAGUCAAUGUGAUGCUCUUUAAACUUUUAUAUGACCAUUAAAUGAACCUUUUGAGU